AUGAAUUUCUUAUUCACGAUUAUUGUAAGUCAAUAAAUUUCUUUGAACUAAAAGUCUUACUGAAUUUUCUUGGUCACAUUUCAUCCCAUGAAUCAAAGUUUCUUCAGCUUCUCAAUGAUAUAAUACCUUAAUAUAAUAAUUAUUUACGUUUGCUACUCCUAAUGGAGCAUAGGCCGCCGACCAGCAUUCUCCAACCCACUCUGUCCUGGGCCUUCCUUUCCAGUUCUAUCCAAUUUUCGUUCAUUUUUCUCAUGUCUGUCUCCGUUUCUCAUCGUAAUGUGUUCUUUGGUCUUCCUCUCUUACUUUGGCCUUCAAAAUUCCAUGCGAGGGCUUGCCUUGUAACUUAGUUGGAUGCUUUCCUCAAUGUGUGUCCCAUCCACUUCCAGCGCUUCUUUCUGAUUUCUUCCUCUACUGGGAUCUGGUUUGUUCUCUCUCACAGUAGGUUGUUGCUGAUAGUGUCUGACCAACGAAUUCGAAGUAUUUUGCGUAGACAGCUACUAAUAAACACUUUUAUCUUCUGAAUGAUGUAUGUAUGAAUGUCUUUAUCGCAAAAGUGUGGAUGGAUAUUCACAGGCGUCUCUCGCUUAUAGUUACCGAUUGACUGAUCGAGACAAGGAUAUGUGAAUGACAAUAUUAAACAGACAAUAUAUUCACUUAUUUAUUCACUCACUCACACACACAGUUCGACCAGUCACACUUGCAGUUCUCAGUCACAUCACUACUCGAUACAAAGGAAGUGUGUCUUGUACAAAACAGAAAUAAACGAAUGGAACUUGGAACUGAUAUUUCCUUUAUAAAAUGCUUAAUCGUCAUUCUUCAUGGAAAUAAUCAUGCGUUGUUGAAAGAUGAAGCUGAGUUUCAAGACAAGCACUGACAGUAAAUGAUCAGGUGAGAUAGUGUUUUUAUGAUUGAAUGUGAGCGAAUGCACUAAAUGUUUGAUAAGGUGGUAUCUGUCGAUCGGUUGAAAUGCAUUAUUGAUUCUUUAAACAGUGAAGACAAUUUUCAUUUUUGUAUUGUUUGUGUGAAUCCUUUCAUUGGUGUUUUGGACUGCAAUCAAUUAGUUUCUUAUUGAUAUAUGUACAUUCUCUGUGGAUUGUCUCGAUGUUGCCAUAAGUUACAAGCAAGUUACAAAUUUACCGAUUUCAUUUUCCACUUACUGGUUGUUUAUUGACCCCUUUUGAAACUCAGACAGAUGUAAACCAUAAUUUUUGGGGAUGUUGGAUGAUCACCACUACAUCCAAUAUGAGGAAUUUUAUUCUGUCUUCUGAUUAGUGUUUUUAUAGCGAGUUAGUUUUCUACGGGAUGGGGUCACUAAUCCAAUGCCAAACCCUUCUCCUUUACCAGGGAUUGGGACUGGCAGUAGCCCCAGAGGGGCUCCAAGCGGAGUUUAUGAGAAAUUUUACAGUUUAUUAUUUAUACUGCUUCUUAAAUAAUGCAAACAACUUGCUAUACUUAAGAAGGAAAUCAAAAUUUCAAGUGUCAUUUUCUAUUCAAUUUAUCACACCAGAUAAUAUUAACCAUGACAUACCUGUUCCUGGAAAUUGGAUCAAAAGUGGCAUGUUAGUGGAGUAUGAAGUUAUUGGGAAAAUUUGUUCAAAAUACAGUUCGACUGACGCAUACCAAAAUGCAACAACAUCGAAUAUAACAUGUAUUUGGUAUGAAAUAACUAACACAUGCAUUGAUAGUAAUGAUGAGGAUACUCAUAACUUGAAAGUAAAUGAUUGCCGUGUUAAGGUUAGUAUUUGUUAAACUUCAUAGGUCGUUUUCAAUAUUCCAAAAUUUCACAUUCCGAGUAAAACCAUUUACUGGAAAGAAUAUUUUAUUGCUACGAAUAAGAACUAACAUGUAUUCUUCCCUCAGUGACUAAAUUAAAACUUUGUAUACGUUGACGAUGUUUAAUCAGAUAUAUGUACCAAGCUUUCUUUCCAUGGAAA